CCGUCCAAGAAGAAGAAGAGGAAGAAAUUGCAUAGUUAAGAGAGAAAGAGGAAAAGAAAAUUGAAAUUGAAGAAAUAAAAGAAAAAAUAAUAAAAGACAGCCAUCUAUUUUCACGCCCAUUAUGCACAGUGAACCCCCAUGAGAGAACGGCAUUUCCAUCAAUCCCUAUCAGGUCUGAACCCAGUUGAAUACUCUUUCUUUCCCAACUCCCACCCCUUUCCGCUCGCAGUUUUCUCUCUCAUUGCCCUUUCAUUUGUUUCCACCAAAAUCCGUAUAAACGCCGCUGCCGUCAGUCCAGUAUCCCUCUCUGCCCUUGAUACAAUUUCCCAAACAGAAACCAAGAACCAAUGAAACGGAAAAACAAACAGAAUUAGGAAAAUCGAACACACAAGAUUGCGGAAAGAAAGAAGAAAAGACAAAUAGAAGUCAGACAAAGCUCGCCU